AUUGGACUUAAAUCAGCCGGAGCAAGGUCGGCUCGGUGCUCUGGCUACAGGUCCAAGGUUGCUGCGAUAAUGAAUGUGUAGCAACAUUUCAGGCCACAGUGCAUAUUAAACCAGAACUCAGUGCAGAAACGUGUUCAAAGGAAAGACUUACUGACGAGUGUUCACCUGGAACCUUCUAUUGUGACGCAUAAUUCCACACGGAAGGUUUUGAUCGUUGCACCCGCGAGCUGUCAAGUCAACAGAGCUUGACAGCUCCCAUCGUACCAGUAAGGAUGGCUCAGACAGACAGCAAGGUUCUGGUUUUGGGAGCGCUGGCCGGAGUGGCCGGCAUCAGCCUGGCCGUGGUGUGUUACCACGGCUUAAGAUCCAAGCGCAGAGUCUCCUGGCCGGGCUUCUACCAGAACCGCACCAACGACCCGGGAUCCGGCCUGCUGCUGGUGGACGGCCCUGUUCUGCCCAGGGGUCAGGCCGAGGUGCUGGAGCGCCUGGAGGCCCUGAUCCAGUGUGUGUCUGAGCUGAAGGAAGAGAUGAAGGCACUGAAGACCGCGCUGCCCGCCCUGCCGGACCAAGUCAGGGAGGAGCUGAAGGGCCACAGCGAGGCGCGGCGAGUCAGCGCCCAGCACAGGACGGCGGUGAUGAGGAGGAAAAGAGCAGCGGGCGCCGCCAGCAGCCCAGGCGGACAGAGCUCAGAGGACGCAGAGAGCGAGGGAGGGUACAUGACUGCGCUGACAGACUCCGAGGAUGAAGAGCAAAGCGAUGAAGAGCAAACUCAAGACAAGCUCUCCGUCCUCCUCAACAGAAUCGACCGCUUGCGUCAGGGCGGCGAGUCGGACAAAAGGGAAAGUCUGAGCGUCCUUCUGGAGCAGAGAGACGAGUUUGGGCAGAAGUCAGAGUUUCUGUGGCGGCUAACCCGAGCGUACUGCGACGUUCACGACAUUACCGUCACUCUGGAGGAGAAGAAGACUCAUGCAGAAAACGGGAAAGCGGUUGGUGAAGAGGCCAUUAAAGUGAAUCCCAAAUGUGCUGAAAGUCAUCAGUGGUACGCCAUCAUGUGUGGAAUCAUGGCAGAAUACGACUCGAUACAAAACAAGAUAAAGAACGGUUACAUCUUUAAGGAUCACCUGGAUAAAGCCAUCGAGUUGAAGCCGCAAGACCCUCUAUCCUACUACCUGCUGGGCCGCUGGUGUUACGCUGUUGCUCAGUUGUCGUGGAUUGAGAGGAAAGUUGCUGCAACACUAUUUGGAGAACCUCCAAGCGCCACAAUCGAAGACGCACUGAAGAAUUUUCUGAAGGUUGAAGAGAUUCAUCCUGCGUACUCGAAGCUAAACUAUGUGUUCCUUGCGAAGUGUUAUAAAGCUUUGGGGCAGAGCGAGAAGGCCAGGAAGAUGUGUGAGGCUGCAUCUUCCAUGAACACCGUCUCCAAAGAGGAUGAAGAAGCACAAAAGGAGCUGGAUUUACUCUACCCUUCAGUCAGAGUGUGAAAACGCUAAGGAACCAUUCUGAAGUUAUUUAUAUCUAUAUAUCUAUAUAAAAUAUAUAAAAUAUUCUGGGGGAAACGGUGGAGGUAAAUAUCUGUUUGAUUCACUCUGUGAGUGUAACAAUAUAUAUUUUUAGUUUUCUUAUUUUAACGGUUAAUUCUCUUUUCUAAUCAUGAAAAAGUUCUUAUCGAUCAAUUCUUUUCCUACAUGUUAUAAUCUGAGUUUAUUCAUUUACAUGCUGUGAUUAUGUAUGUGAUCUAUCUUUUAUUUUUUGUACGUUCUCCAGACUUUAUACACAUGGUGAUGCAUUAGCGCCGUUACACUGCAAAAACAAUCUUACCAAGUAUUUCUGGUCUAGUUUCUGGUGCAAAUAUCUUAGUUCACUUUAAAUAAGACAAAACAAACUAACAAGUAACUUUUCAGCAAAAUGAAUAAACUUGUUUUAGCUCCUAUAUCCAUAUUUAUAACAUGGGAAAAAUGCUUUAUUAUAAGUGAAAUAAUCUGUCAGUGGAACAGAACUGGGUUGCUAGGCGACGGGCUGGGCGUGGCUGCCGUUGCUAGGUAACGAUUGUGAAAGAAGUGAAAUAAUCUGCCAGUGGAACUAGAACUUUUUCAUCAAUAUUGAGGAAUUAUUGACGGAAAACAAAGUCCUAUAUCUCACUGAAAGGUUACUUGUUGGUUAGUUUUGUCUCAUUUUAAGUGAACUAAGAUAUUUACACUAAAACUAGACAAAAUACCUGGUAUUAAAUGUUGUGCUUUUGCAGUGCGAGGCUCUGCUGCGAAAGAUCAUUUCAUGAAUUCAUCUUCAUUUCCACCUGCGCUAAGAAACGGGUCAUAUUUCAAAUUAAAACUUUUACCUGGAAACAAAACUGAACCUGAAAGAUCCUUCUUCACUGUAAAAAGUCAUUCGUAGCAGAAUCUCAGCAGUUUUCCCAACAGCUUUCAUUUUGUUGCACCAGAUGAAUCAUUCAACUCUGCUUCUCACUUUGGAAAACUCACUGUAGCGUUACCAAACAUUUUCUGAUGGUUUUAUUCAGAAGCAGUGAAUGUUCUGCUGGAUUGUGUGAGGGAUUAGGCAGUGGGAUUAGAUUAUCACACUAAAUCAGGUAUUCAUUUAAAGAUCAGAAGAUUAUUUGAAACAACAGUAGAGAUGGUGGAACAGCUGAAAUUGACUUUCUUUUAAGAGAUGGAAAAGUUUGACAGUGUACAUAAAACCACCAUUAUGGAUGGAAAUAUAGAGAUUCAGAAAACUCAAAAAGUGUUGGAUUAAUUUCAGACAUUUUCUAGGAAAAAUGUGGAAACUUUUUCCAAAGAAAACAAUUUCCAAAAGUCAAAAAUUUGCUAGAAAAAUAUGUGAAAUUUUGAUAUUAAUUUGAGAUAUUUUCAAGAAAAAUAUUGGACAUUUUUCAUUUCCAAAAGCUGAAAAUUUGCAAGAAAAAAAACUUUAAACUUUUUAGAUUUUCUUGAAAAAAACUUGGAAAUUUCUAAUUUUCAGACACCGAAUGUUUUUGGAAAAAAAUCUGAAAAACUUUGUGGGUUUCAAAGGUCAAAAAUCUGCUCUAAACAUCUCAGAAAGUUUAAAUUUAGAAAUGUCGGAUCUCCAGAAGUUGAACAUUUUAUUGAAAAUAAACAGAAAUUCUGAGAUAAAACUUGGAAGUUUCAAAAGUCUGAAAUUUCCAGUUUUAUCUCACCUGAAACUUUCGUUCUGAAUCCGCACACCUGAGUUCACAUGACUAACGUGAACUCUCCCAUGUUCUCCAGCCGCUCAGAAACUGAAAUGACUUCAUGUUUGUGAGGGAGGCGGCGAGCGGCGGGAAAAAUCCCCCAGGAUCUGUGAGAAAAUACAUCUGUGAAUCAUCCGAACCCUCAUUUACAUAUUUUCUCUUGAAGCAAAAGUAGACGUUUACGGAAAGUGAUUAGGGAAACUGAAAAAAAGAAAACAUUGACUUUAUUCUCAGAAUUCUGACUUUAAUCUUCUGAAAUUAAAGUCAGAAUUCUAAAAGAAUUCUGAGAGAAAAAUCUGAAUUUUGAGAUUUAAACAAUUCACAAAAUAAAGUCAAAAGUUUGAUUUAAAAAAGUAACCAAAUUCUAUAAAUAUUCAGAAUUCUUAGAAAAAAAUAAAAAUUUUGAAAAAAAAUUUAAAAUAAUUUUUUCGAGGCCCUAAACCUCUUCUGUGGAAGUCAGACUUUCUUCUUUUUACUGGGUUUUUUUGUAAAUGUUUUAUGUGAAGAUGAUUUUCUUUACACUACAUUUUAUGUAUGAAGUUGAAAUGAUGCUGGUUGAAGGUCAGAUAAACUGAAGUUUACAGGUAAUGUAAAAAAUAUGUAACAAAAACAUGAAUAUCAGGGUUUCUUUGUUGUGAUAAAGAAAAGUAGUUGUAUCUGUUGGUGUUUUGUUGUUUUUAUUAAUCUGAAUGUGUUUGAGAGACCAUUACUGUUUGAUUGGUCAUUCCUGGAAACUUUCUUUAGGUUAAACCUCAGACUGAUUUUAAUCCUGACAUUUUGGCAUCCCUCAUUCAUGACACAGAUUAUUAUUAUGAAUCCUUUUGGUAUUGAAUUAUGCAACUUCAGUGUAACUUGUGUUUAUUUUAAGGCUUUUUAUCCAGAGAUGCCAGCAUGUACGGAGAGCUUUGGGUCAAAUGUGGGACACAAAUCAGGACCAUCGUAGAUAAAAUACGAAACAAAAAAAGGAAGAGCAAAAAAACUCAAAGUUUUACUUUAUUCAGAGUAAAAGUCCAAAUUUUGCCAGAUGCAAAAUCUCAAAUUUUGAAAUUAAACUCAGACAUUUUCUAGAAAAAAUAUGGAGAUUUCAGUUUGAUAAGUCAAAAAUGUGUCAUAAGACUUUUUGAGCUGAGAAAUUUCUGUAACUGUUGAUGGAAAUUUGCUCCUCUUUUUCUCGCUACAAUGACCCAAGAGCGCCGUCAUUCAAACAUUCACAUCCUUUUAAAGCUUCUUUUCUUUACAUGCAUCUUUGUGCUCUUUUUACCAGUUGAAUGUACGUGAAUGAUUUAAAUACUUUCUGGCUGAGAUGAAGCUCAAUGAUUACUGGAAUGUCAUAGUAAAUCUAUAAAUUUCUGAUUGGAGGAAUCGUUUUCCCACCUUGUUUGUUUUUUUCUGUUUUAUUGCUGUUUAUUAAAAAACCGUAACAAGUUUUGUAAUAUCCAGCAUAUAAUUAAAGCGCACAGUAAAAAUGUUUCAUAUUAAACCAAGUUGAUCUUCAUCCAAAGUCAUCAUGGAGUAACAAGUAUGGUCGUGUCGUGCAGAAUUCGCCUCUCUGAACAUUGUGUGCCGGGGCAGCGGGGGGUUUGCUGCUGCGUUAGAUUUGGGUCGGCCUCCCGCUGGUCUAGUCAUGUUUCAUCUGUUUUUCUCUAAAGAGGUGCUUCCCAAAUCAGUGCAGGUGUUUGUUUAAAUGGAAACUUCACCUUUCCUGCUGGUUUUAUAAGCCUCCUGUAAUCAAGCGCUUCGGUCGAGACAGCUGUGGUGUCUGCACAUGCAGGGCCAGAUGUUGCAAACGGGUUCAGGAGCUGCACCAUUAAACAUUUGGGUCUGGUUUUUUUCUCUGCUGCAGCACCAAAUUUUCAUCCAGCGGCCAUAGUUGAUUGAUUGUUUGAGGUGCGUUUGUCACUCACCUGUUUCUGUCACAAUUCACACUGGCUACCUGCAGAAAUGCACAUUAUUAUUCUUUUUGUCAUAUUUUGUGCGAAUGCAUUGUAACACUGUAAAACAAUAAAUUUGCUGACUCAA